AAUGGCAGCGCGCUGAACUGUCCGUCAAAGGCCAGCCGCUUGCUCAGUGAUCGGGUUUGGGCUCCAGAUCCUGGACCAAUUUAGUGCCAGCGGGUUGGGCCAAAAUUGUCUUAGCUCCGGGACGACCACCAGGUCUACUGAGUUACUAACAAGGCCUGGGGCGUCUCGUCUCGAUGCCAGGUAGCUCCUGCCUUGUCAAUAGGACGUGAAGAUGGAACUCGAGCGAGCUGGGGUCUGGAGAUGCACCUUCUGAUGGAGAGUGAGGUAUAAAGACAUGGUGCCCAGUAUGCAGAAAUGACCGUCAUCGACAACAUCAUCGACCGCAUCUUUCCCCCUACACUCAACAGGAGAAUCGAUAAGACAUUUGCAGUCUUCCCCUCCCAUUCUACCGUCUUCGCCCUAACAAUCUUUCGCAAUGGCUGGCGGAGUUCCAAUCGUUGCUCCCACGCUCGCACAGGGCUUCCUGAGGGGAAAGCAGCUCAUCUUCCCUCUCUCCCUCGUCAUCUCCCUCUUCUUUCUCUGGGGCUUCUCGUACGGCCUCUUAGAUGUCCUCAACAAGCAUUUCCAGACGGUCCUCGAUAUCACCAAGCUUCAAUCUACCGGCCUUCAAGUUGUUUACUUCGGUGGCGGCUACCUGCUCUUCUCGCCUAUUGCCGCUGAGGUUAUGAAGCGGAAGGGGUACAAGAUCACUAUUCUUAUGGGACUUUCGCUUUACAGCUUGGGUGCUAUUUUCUUCUGGCCUACAGCACACUUCUCUACCUACGAGCACCGAAUCGCUUCAUUCGGUGGCUUCUGUGCAUGCACUCUCGUCAUUGCUUGCGGUCUUGCUACUUUGGAGACCGCGGCAAACAGCUACGCUGUGGUCAUUGGUGAUCCAGCCAGCGCCUCAGCCCGUCUUCAAUUCUGCCAGUCAUGGAACGGUGUUGCUUCUUUCAUCGGGCCCUUGAUCGCCUCCAAGUUCUUCUUCACUGGCAAGAAUGCUCACAAUUUGGUCAACGUGCAAUUUGUAUAUCUUGCCGUUUCCGCAGCUGGUGUUGCUAUUGCCAUUCUCUUCCUGGUCACCAAGUUGCCAGAAGUCUCUGAAGAAAUGCUCAACAGUUCAACUGCCGAGAACUUCGGUACUGACGAGUUCGGCAACGAACUCGGCCAGGGGCCUAUCUACAAGCAAUACAACAUGAUCUUCGGGUUCAUUGCUCAGUUCUGCUAUGUCGGCGCUCAAGUUACGAUCGCUUCUUUCUUCAUAAACUACGCCACUGAGAACGCCACCUUUACUUCUGCUCAAGCCUCCAACCUUCUCUCAUACGCCCUCAUUACUUUCACCGUUGGCAGAUUUGUUGCUACUGCUCUUGCCACAGUCUUCCAGGCUGACUUCCUUCUCAUGGUCUAUGCCGCCAUUGCCAUCGCUCUCAAUGCAGUCAUUUGCGCAGCCAAAGGCAACGCUGCAGUCGGUGUCUUGAUCGCCAUCUUCUUCCUCGAGGCACCGAUGUACCCCACUCUCUUCACUCUCGGAACUGCGAACCUCGGCCGCCACACCCGCCGCGGUGCAGGUAUCUUGGUCAUGGGUGUCUCUGGCGGUGCUGUCUUCCCUCCCAUCCAAGGUGCCAUCGCUGAUUCAGCUGGUACUCGCAUCUCUUACGUCGUGCCUCUCGUCGGCUUCGUCUACGUCUUUGGAUACGUCACUUUCCACUGGCUCCGAACUGGCCGCAACAUCAAGCGUGUCAAGGAUGUCAUUGGUGCUUUCCCAGCUCCUUAUGGUGUAGAUGGUGUAGUUGAAAUCCAUGCCCCUAAGGACGUUAAGGUUGAGGAAGCUGAGCUUUCUCGCUCUUCUUAAAGAAGAGAGGUGUUGAUGAUGAUGAUGAUACCCUGAGUGAGUUGUGGAGCUGGGGUCUUCCAGAUGGGAAGCAUGGAGUUGCAUUGGGGGAGUGUAUAUAUUGCGAUACGUUGGUUAAACGCGGCGUAGGUUUUAGACAUCGAUACCACUAGAGAUAUAGAAAUUUCUUCUCAACUACCUCCCCGCCUUUAUCUUCAUCAUUGUUGAC